AUGAGUAAUGCCACCCGGGCCGUGCCCUCUCCCACGCCACCUGGCUCCCCAGGGCCCAGCACGGUGACCAGGCUGGCCUCGGCCACCCCUUCCCCAGCCCUCGCCAUGCUGAUGACCGCCCACAACGACUCCCAGGACGGCCAGCAGCUCUUCCUGACCACCACGGCAGCACAGGUCAUCUCCGGCAUCUUCGUCUGGUCGGCGCUCAUCAUCACCUUCCACCAGAUCUACACGCACCUGCGGAACUACACCGUCCCCAAGGAGCAGCGCUACAUCAUCCGCAUCCUCUUCAUCGUGCCCAUCUAUGCCUUCGACUCCUGGCUCAGCCUCCUCCUCCUCGGCAGCCACCAGUACUACGUCUACUUCGACUCGGUGCGCGACUGCUACGAAGCUUUCGUGAUUUACAGCUUCCUAAGCCUGUGCUUUGAGUACCUCGGUGGGGAGAGCACCAUCAUGACGGAGAUCCGAGGGAAGCCCAUUGCGUCCAGCUGCUUCUACGGGACCUGCUGCCUUCAGGGCAUGUCCUACUCCAUCGGGUUCCUGCGCUUCUGCAAGCAGGCCACGCUGCAGUUCUGCAUUGUGAAACCUCUCAUGGCCAUCGUCACCAUCAUCCUGCAGGCGUUCGGGAAGUACCACGACGGGGACUUCAAUGUCCGAAGCGGCUACCUCUACAUCACCAUCAUCUACAACUUCUCCGUCAGCCUGGCGCUUUACGCCCUCUUCCUCUUCUACUUUGCCACCAUGGACCUGCUGCGCCCGUUUGAGCCGGUCCUCAAGUUCAUCACCAUCAAGGCCGUCAUCUUCCUCUCCUUCUGGCAAGGGACGCUGCUGGCAAUCCUGGAGAAAUGCGGGGUGAUCCCCGAAGUUCAGAUCAUAGACGGGAAGGAGGUGGGAGCUGGGACAGUGGCUGCUGGCUACCAGAACUUCAUCAUCUGCAUUGAGAUGCUCUUUGCUUCCAUUGCCCUGCGCUACGCGUUUACCUGCCAGGUGUACAGGGAGAAGAAAGAAAACACAACAGCAAACCUCGCCCCGAUGCAGAGCAUCUCGAGCGGGCUGAAGGAGACCAUGAGCCCCCAGGACAUCGUGCAGGAUGCCAUCCACAACUUCUCGCCCACGUACCAGCAGUACACCCAGCAGUCCAUGCAGGAGGCAGAGCACAAAGCACCAGGCGAGAACGGGCACGUGGCCUCCAAGGCGGAAGGAACGAGCGGCAGAAAGAGCAAAAACAUCGAGAAGAGAGUUCUGAUCCUGUCAGAUGAGGAGCUGUAGGAGAAGUCAGAGGGGACAGUGACACCGGAGAGGCUUAAACCCAUGGAAGGGGGACUGUCUGAAGGCUGAGACAACCUGGUCUAAUUGGAGUGCUGAGAGGAGGAGAGGGAAGCCAGGAACUCUACUCAAAGGGCAGUCCCUCGAAGGGAAUAUGCAAUAACCCAGGGAAAGGUUAAAUCAAACAGUGCCAGCUCCUGCCAUCCUGUCUCUGCUGGUGUUAGGGACCGGGCUCUUUGCUCUGUGGCCGAGCAGCCAUGUGCUGAGCUCAGUGCUUUGCUGCCAGGGUUUGGGUGCCAGCCCCGUGCCUGUACCCUGGCUGGGGUCCCCAGCGACCCGGGCACCCCGCCUGUGCC